CAGAAAUAUGAGCCACAACGGAACGGAUGAUCAACAUCAUUACAUAUAACAGACCAACUAUAUUUGAAGAUCUUGAACCGCAAGAAAUGUAUGUUCUCGUUGAUAGUUCGGGACGAUCGUUAGAGACGCGAGCAUGGAGGUGGUAAGCAUGAAGUUGCGAGGUCUCAGCGUGUCUUCAUCUAAUUUAUUGUUCCUACACUGAGUAGGUCGCACGUCCCAUAAGAUAAACAAGAUGAAGGGAUCACUGUUGGCGUCGUGUGUUAUCCUCGUACUGCGGGAGGGCUCCGCAGUCGAUGCACAUGCAUUCACAGCGCUUUUUGCGCACCAUCAACCGCCUCCGAGUAGUUCGAAGAAGAAGUCGGCGCCUGCUUCCGCGACGGCGCCGACACUUCACAGUAGAAUACGGCGGAGAAAGACGCCCAUGUAUCGACGGUUAUUAUCUUAAGGCUGUGGAGGCUGACACUUCUACUAGUUUCUCCAUGUGGUGCGUGCGUGUCCUUAUAAGCAGUAUUGUAGAUACUUUUGCAGUCCGAGGAGGCAAUAUUUUGAUGAAGGUAUGAGUUCUGAUUCGUGCAGAAAAUGAAAAAUUUUUAUAGUACUCCAGCAAAACAACUACGAACAGCUUCAGUGAUACUUAAUCUUCUUAAUCUGUAGGUUGUAGUUCGCCUUUGUGAUUAUGGCUUUAAAAAUGAUCAACAAGGAAGGAGGCGGUGCCCGAAUAUGGGAGCUUACCCCGUUCGUCUUCCAUCGCUACUCUUGAUCAUGAUUUGGAGCUUGAGAACGAGCGCGAUGGUGAAACGAUUAUUAAGGGUAAGUAGGUUAAAGGUGUUCUUCUUACCGUUCGUUUUGCCUUUCUGAACGGGGAGAGGCAUAACGAAUGGGGUGAACGAACACCAACAGCUUGCCCCUAAGAUUACAACAACCGACAGCGACGAGGAAAUGGACGACGAAAGCAGUGACGAAGACGAAAGCAGUGAUGAGGAUGACGACGAAGACAGUAAUGCACACGGAGACAGCGAUGAAGACGAACAACACGAACAGACGUCCGCAUUAUCUUCCAAGAAGAACAGGCGAAAUACGAUUUCUCGAAAAAUAUUGA